AUGUCGUCGUCUGACGAGGAAGCCGGUGCGCACGCCAAGACAGCUCAUAUCGACGAAAAGAACUUCAACGACACCAGCUCUCCCAAUGUCGAGCUGUACAACAAUGCCUACGUCAAGCAAGAUAGCGGCAUCCUCUCUCGUCUUCGAAGCAUCGAAUCAAGCCUGGAUGCCAAAUUUGGUAUCGAAUCGGAAGCCAUCAAGAGGAAGCUGCCAGAAGAGAAGAAACCAGUCCGCUUCCAUGAACAGCUUACCAUGUUCUGCCUCUGGGCCUCCGGCACAAUGAACACGUCCUGUUUCGCGACCGGCUUCCUCGGCUGGGAAUUCGGAUUGUCCCUCAAACAGUCCAUCGUCAUCAUCAUCUUUGCUUCGCUCCUGGGAGGUGCUCUUACUGGAUUCGCAGCCACCUUUGGCGCCGUCACUGGUCUUCGACAGAUUUCCGCUUCCCGAUAUAGCUUCGGUUGGUGGCCAAACAAGAUCGUUGCUUUCCUCAAUGCCAUCGUCCAGAUCGGCUGGUCUGCAGUCGCUUGCAUUACUGCAGGUCUAGCCCUGGAGGCUGUUGCAGAUGGUCACCUCUCUCUUGUCGUAGGCAUCAUCAUUUUGGCAGUAGUCGCUCUCAUAAUCUCCUUCGUCGGCCUCAGUGCGAUUCUGGUCUACGAGCGAUAUGCUUGGAUAGUCUUCUUCAUCAUCUUCAUGAUCUUUUUCGGCGAGGCAGGCAAAUAUGCCGACAACACAACUCCUGCAAGUGUGUCUGGGAUCAACCAAGCUGGCGCAGUCUUGACCCUCAUCGCCAUCAUCUACGGCAGCUCUUGCUCGUGGUGCACCAUGGCCUCCGACUACUACGUACACUAUCCUGCUAGCAUCUCCCGAGCCAGAGUCUUUCUUAUGACAACCUUUGGCAUUGCGAUUCCGACUAGCAUUGGCAUGAUCGCUGGCGCCGUCGUGGCAUCGGCGCUCAACAACAAGCCAGAAUGGAAGACGACCUACGAAAACGAUGGAAUUGGCUUCUUGAUCCAGGAGUUCCUCUACCCACGAGGAUUCGCUAAAUUCCUCCUUGCCCUGCUUGUGCUCUCGGGAAUCAACACUAACGUCAUUAGCAUCUACAGCGCUGCUAUUUCUUGCCAGCAAUUUGCUCGCCCAUUUUCAAAGAUUCCUCGAUUCAUUUGGACCUUCCUUGUCUUCGCCUGCAUCCUCGCUCUUGCUCUAGGUGGACGCGAAAAGCUCAAUGCUUAUCUGCAGAACUUCUUGGGUAUCCUUGGAUACUGGUGCACUUCAUACUUCAUCAUCCUCUUCUCUGAGCACUUUGUCUUCCGUGGCAGCAACUUUGAUAAUUACGAUCUUGAUGGGUGGAAUGACCCAAGCAGAUUACCAUUGGGCCUUGCGGCUGGUACUUCGUUUGGCUUGGGAGUUAUUGGCUGGUUUAUGGGCAUGGAUCAGACAUGGUUUGUAGGACCUGUCGCCAGAUUGAUUGGCAGCACUGGUGGUGAUGUCGGUAAUGAGAUGACACUUGUGAUCACUCUAGUCACCUUUAUUCCUCUCAGAUUUCUCGAGAAGAAGUAUAUAGGCCGUUGA